UGCAGUUCUUCUUAGGCAUGACGGAGAUCGAAAUGAUAAACCCUUGUAGAACCCUAAUUUAGUCCUCACAACUAACAGAAGGAAGAACUGAAAGAGUUUGAAGAACAAGAACAAAGAAGAAGAAGAAGCUGAGAAGAUGGGGAAACUACCACCUUCCUUAAGGUCAGCUAACUUUGCUGUAAACACACUCAUCAAAACUCCAUCUCCAUCCCCACCUCCUACCUCAAAACCCCAUUAUUAUCCCAAAAAAUCACAAUCACUCAAGAAAAAACCAACAUCAAAUACUGAACCCCAACUUCCAUCUAUUGUAGCAUUUGAUUCUACAUCUCUUUCAGAUGCUAAAACCCUUUUCAAUUCUCUAAUUUCCAAUACCAGAAACAACGCCCCUUCAGACAAUAAAUUUUAUAAUGCAAUCCUUCAAUCAUUUUCCUCCAAUUCAACUCUCCAAGAUUCAAUCUUUUUCCUUAAUCACAUGAUCAAGGCUCACCCUCCUUUCUCCCCUGACAGGUUUACUUACCAUGUUCUCCUCAUUCAAUCUUGUAAGUCUGUUGACCUUUCUCUAUCCCCUGUUCAUCAGGUUCUCAAUCUUAUGACUACCAAUGGUUUCCCUCCUAAUAAGGUCUCCACAGACAUUGCUGUGAGGACCCUUUGCUCUUCGGGCCACGAAGAGCAAGCUAUUGAGCUGGUGAAAGAACUUUCAUCCAAAGAUUCUCCGCCCGAUACGUAUACUUACAAUUUUAUUGUCAGGCAUCUAUGCAAGAACAGGCCUUUGAGUACUAUGAAUAACUUUAUUAAAGAAAUGAGGGAGGGUUUUGAUAUAAAGCCUGAUCUUGUUACAUAUACAAUUAUGAUUGACAAUGUUUGUAAUAGUAAAAAUCUUAGGGAAGCGACUAGAUUGUUGGGGGUGUUGAGUGAGGAAGGCUAUAAGCCUGAUUGCUAUGUUUAUAAUACAAUUAUGAAGGGUUAUUGUAUGUUAAGUCAAGGGGGAGAAGUGUUAGGUGUAUACAAGAAAAUGCAGGAGGAAGGAGUAAAGCCUGACCUUGUGACAUAUAAUACAUUGAUCUAUGGAUUGUCUAAGUCGGGAAGGGUGAAAGAUGCUAAGAAGUUUUUGAAUGUUAUGAUGGAGGAAGGCCAUAUUCCAGAUGCAGUCACGUAUACUUCGUUAAUGAAUGGGAUGUGUAGAGAAGGAGAUCCACUAGGGGCGGUGUCUUUGUUGGAGAAAAUGGAAGCACGGGGUUGUGCUCCUAAUUCGUGUACAUAUAAUACAUUGCUUCAUGGAUUAUGUAAGGCAAGGUUGUUAGAUAAGGGAAUGAAACUGUAUGAUGUUAUGAAGCAGAAUGGUAUGAAGCUUGAGACAGGAUCUUAUGGAACUUUUCUCAGAGCACUCUGUCGGAAUGGCAGAGUAGCAGAAGCUUAUGAAGUUUUUGAUUAUGCAAUAGAGAGCAAGAGUUUGACUGAUGUUGCUGCUUAUACAACAUUGGAGAGCACUUUGAAGUGGCUUAAGAAGGCUAGAGACCAGGGACUUGUCAUUUGACCUCCAUUGCUGCAAUUAGCAUAGGUACCGGUAACUCUGCCUACCAAGGCUUAUGGAGUUGAGAAGAAAUCCCGUCUACGCUGGGAUUUGAACUGGUCUCAGCAUUCUCCCACCACUUCAUAAACUACUAAGUCACACCCUUGGUGUUGUUUAGACCUUCAUCCUUGCAGCUAUGAAAGAUGAAAAGUCAAACUUCAACAUGAUAGGGGGCAAAAGGUUUAUUUUCCAAUUUUUUUAUAGUAGUGUAAUCAAGACUCUUAUGUUCCUAGGGAUCUGUCAAUGUUAUUACU